UAGUAAUUAUGAAUUUUUACUUUUUGGGUGCAAUUAUAUAUUUGUACUUAGUUCCAUUGUGUAUAUAUAUAUACACAUAGUGCUAGGAUUUUGUUUUCAAUACCCAACCAUCAAGGAAAGUCUUCCAUUGCAUGUUCUGAAAUAUCCGCUUUGUCUUGCAAUGGAACCAAUUAAGGAAGUGACCGUAGUCAUAGUGGGGGCUGGCCCAGCAGGCUUGGCAACCUCUGCCUGCCUGAAUUAUGCUCGUGUCUCAAACAUUGUCCUGGAAAGGGAGAAUGUUUGUGCCUCGCUUUGGAAGAAUAGGGCCUAUGAUAGGCUGAAACUUCACUUGGGCAAGGAGUUCUGCAACCUUCCUCACAUGCCUUUCCCGUCUGAUUGGCCUCGAUUCAUCCCUCGGAAGGAUUUCGUAAACUAUCUAGACAACUACACGUCUAGCUUCAACAUUGAGCCGUACUAUAUGCGGACAGUUUUGUCUGCCUCUUAUGACCCAACAUACGAAAAAUGGCACAUUGUAGCGAGGAACGACUCUUCCAAGGGGCAAGGAUGUGAGACCUAUUGUGCGAAGUUUCUAGUGGUUGCUACAGGCGAGAAUAGUGAAGGGGUUAUCCCUAACGUGCCGGGGCUCAAUGGGUUCUCGGGGGAAUGGAUGCAUUCAAAUGCGUACACCAACGGGCAGAUGUUUGCUGGCAAGGAUGUUCUGGUCGUGGGCUGUGGGAAUUCUGGGAUGGAAAUUGCAUAUGACCUUUGGAAUUAUGGCGCCAACACAUCUAUAGUUAUUCGAAGCCCUGUCCAUGUGUUGACAAAGGAUAUUGUUUAUCUGGGGAUGAAGCUGUUAAAGUACCUACCGACAUUCAUAGUCGACGAGAUCGUUGUGCUCUUCUCCAAGCUGAAGUUCAGAAACAUGGCCAAGAAUUAUGGUAUUGAAAGACCCAAACAAGGACCAUUCUCCUUCAAAGAGGCUACGGGAAGAACUCCUACCAUUGAUGUUGGGGCCAUGGAUAAGAUCAAGGAAGGAAAGAUUACGGUUCUUCCGGCCAUGACAAAGAUAGAGGAUGAUAUUGUGAAGUUUGAAGAUGGUAAGACGGCUCGUUUUGAUGCUAUUAUCUUUGCUUGCGGCUACCGAAGCACUGUUUGGAACUGGCUCAAGGGAGGUGAAGACCUUUUCAAUCCAAAGGGAAUGCCUAGAGGGAGGUUUCCAAACCAUUGGAAAGGAAAGAAUGGUCUGUACGGUGUUGGUUUUGCUGGGAGAGGCUUGGCAGGGAUAUCGAGGGAUGCUAUGAACAUUGCAAAUGACAUCGUUUCGAGCUUCACUUCCAAAUAUUAAUACAAAGCAUGGGGCAUUAUUGUUUUCUGGAACUUUUAAGAUGCUUCUUACUUUUUUCUUGAAAAUAAGAUAUAAGUAGUUAGAACAAUGUCAGAAUAAUUGCAUGCACAUGAAAGUGCGACCAAACCCUUUACGAGUGUGCAUCUCUAAGUGGACACUGGUCAUUGCAGCUCAUGUUUCUUAUGCAAUUAAUGGAUGAUAUACUAGAUAGGAGGGGAGAAUAGUGUUUUACAUAA